UGGAGGGUUAGUGAGAGGCAGGCACUGCGCGUGGUUACUCAGACGGAAAGGCUCUCACAGCAGAGAGGAUAGGAGAAGAGAAGAGGGAGCAUUCCCUUUGGGAUUCCUAGGCAUCAGCUGCCUGCUCCGACCUGGAUCAUCCGUCCUGAAGAAAAUCGCCACGGCUCAUCCAAGAGACUUUUCUAGCCCACAACACAUCUGGCUGUUCAGGAGACUGAGACUCAGGAUCACCUGCCUGUCUGUGGUGGAUCCUCUCUAUCCCCCCCUCUCCUCUUCUUUAUCUCUAUCUCCUUCCCUCGAUCACUCCCUUCAUUUUUUUGCGGGUGUGAGAGGUGGUUGGUUGGUCAGUGCAUCGUCGUGGGAGAUGUUCUUCUGAUCACGUCCGGCGGCGGUAGCAGCAGCAGGACCGAGUGAGAGAGAGCCGUGCAGCGCUGCGCUGGGCGCCUCACGAGGCGGGAAGAGUCAGCCAGCGCCGUGACAGAGAGAUCCUCUUGCUCUCCCCUCUCUCUCUCCCUCUCUCUCUCUUUCCCUUUCUCUCUCCCACUCGUUUUCUCUGCUUCUCUCAGCCACACUCCCAACAUUCAGCACUGCACAGCCUGUCUGCCAGUUCGCAUCAGCGUGCUGCUCUCUCUGUCUCUCUCUCUCUCUCUCUCUCUCUCUCUCUUACUCUUUUACUCUCUGGCGUUUUCUGCUCUGGUGUUUUCUUUCUUUCUUUGCUCUGCCUAGUCUGUUUUUCUCUCUUUCCCUCCCUCCUCUCACUGCUCAUCUGUUCUCUCUCUCUCUAUCUCUAUCUCUCUCUCUCGUUCUGCUCUUCCCCCUCUAGCUGUGUGAGUGAUAAACGCCUCUCAGGCUCUCUCUCUCACACACACACACACACACACGGCACAUCAACAAGACAGAUCUUCGCGAUGGGAGAUAAAGGCACACGGGUGUUCAAGAAAGCAAGUCCCAAUGGCAAGCUCACAGUCUACCUUGGGAAGAGAGACUUUGUUGACCAUGUGGACCUUGUGGAGCCAGUCGAUGGUGUUGUUCUAAUCGAUCCAGAGUAUUUAAAGGAGAGGAAAGUGUUUGUAACGCUGACGUGUGCCUUCCGCUAUGGCCGCGAGGAUCUGGACGUUCUGGGCCUGACGUUCCGUAAGGACCUCUUCGUGGCCAACAUCCAAGCGUUCCCGCCGGUGGCCGAGGAGAAGAAAAGUCUCACACGCCUGCAGGAGCGCCUCAUCAAGAAGCUUGGGGAGCAUGCGUACCCUUUCACCUUCGAGAUUCCUCCCAACCUGCCUUGCUCCGUCACCCUGCAGCCAGGCCCCGAGGACACAGGAAAGGCCUGUGGGGUGGACUUUGAAGUCAAAGCCUUCUGUGCAGAGAACGUUGAGGAAAAAAUCCACAAAAGGAACUCUGUGCGCCUCGUUAUCAGGAAGGUCCAGUACGCCCCGGAGAAGCCAGGUCCACAGCCCAUGGCCGAGACAACGCGGCAGUUCCUCAUGUCCGACAAGCCUCUUCACCUGGAGGCCUCUCUGGAUAAGGAGAUUUAUUACCAUGGCGAGCCCAUUAGUGUCAAUGUUCAUGUCACCAACAACACUAACAAGACAGUAAAGAAGAUGAAGAUUUCAGUACGUCAGUAUGCAGAUAUAUGCCUGUUCAACACUGCCCAGUACAAGUGCCCAGUUGCAACAGAAGAGUCAGAUGACAUAGUUGCCCCAAGUGCCACGUUCUGUAAGGUCUACACCCUCACCCCCUUCCUGGCCAAUAACCGGGAGAAGAGAGGCCUGGCGCUGGACGGCAAGCUAAAGCACGAGGACACAAACCUGGCCUCCAGCACGCUGUUAAGAGAAGGGGCCAACAAGGAGAUCCUGGGUAUCAUUGUCUCCUACAAGGUCAAAGUGAAGCUGGUGGUGUCUAGAGGCGGUCUUCUGGGAGAUCUCGCCUCAAGUGAUGUUGCUGUGGAGCUGCCUUUCACGUUAAUGCAUCCAAAACCGAUUGAGGAAUCUUCAUACAGAGAUGCUCCCGAGAGCGACGCGCCCAUCGACACCAACCUGAUUGAAUUCGACACAAACGACGAUGACAUCAUCUUCGAGGACUUUGCGCGGCAGCGGCUCAUUGGGGUGAAAGACGACAAGGAGGAAGAAGACGAGGGAACAGACUCGCCCCGGCUGAACGACAGAUAAGCGCCGAGCGUGGCGGCGUGUUGCGGCUCUUCUCCUGAGGCGGUGGUGUUGCUUUUCCCCAGGCUUUAUCGACAGCCCCAUCGGCUAUAUGAACCUGGAGCUAGGAAGACCCUUUUUCGAUGAAACAGAGAGAGAGAAGGAGAGAGGGAGAGGAAAAACAAACAAACACACACACACACUCAGUGGUGCCGCCGCCGUGUUUCUUGUUCACAUUCGUCUUUCCAUACAGCCGGGACAAGUGUUAGAAAACUAAACCUCUACAUGUUAGGUGCUUGUGUGACCUAGUCAUCAGUGUUGGCAGAAGUAAGGGAGAUAGAGAGAAAGAAAGAGAGAGGGAGAGAGAGAGAGAGAGAUAGAUAGAGAAAGAUUUCUGUGCAUAGGCUACUUUAGGGCCACUUUCUGGGCACCUAGGAUUUCCUAUAAAGUUCACUCAAACUGAGGUUGAGCAUUUGUCACCGUGGCUAAAUCUAGCUUUGGCUAAAUCUAGCUUGAGUGAAAGCAUGCCUUGAAAUAAACAUCACUUUGUAAUACAAGUUUUUUUUUAUGUUUUGUUAGGUUUGUUUUGGUUUGUUUUUUGUUGCAUUUUUUGUAUUAGUAGGAAUGAGCAAAUACACAACUCGGUAUUGAUAAUAUAUUUACUGUAUCAUAUAUGUACUUCUCUUUCCGUAUGUAACUGGGAUCGUUAUCACCAUGACUACUGCCAAAUUCAGUAUGAGCUGCCGAAUGCACCUUCCAUCAGGGAAAACUCCUAUGUGUACAAAUGUAGGGGGUAAGGGGAGAAUUUGGAGAAUUAUUUACUUGUAAACAUAUAGAUAUAUAUAAAUAAGACAAGACAUGUUGGUAGUAACUGUUUGAUAAUCCAGAGAGAGAUGUUGUUUUGAGACUGUUCUAUACCCUGCUUUGUGGAAAAACCUUUCCAGUAGUAGCACUGAUAUGCAGAAAUGGCAUAAAUCCUGUAUUCACAUCAUAAACACAUAAAGUACAAUCAGAAUGUCAUGUCUCCUUUGCCAAACUACCAUCCAGUGUCACUUUAUUUAAAAAUACAAAAACAAGAGUAAAAGAAAAACUUAAUAUACAUAUGAACACCAUCCAUUUCUGAAACACCUGAUUCAUAUGGACAUAAAAUGGCCAAAUAUGUAAUCAGACAGAAGUAGUUUUACCUCUAUAUAGCUUUUCUAAAAAAGCAAGAGAAAUCCUGUCUCCAGCGUGGUGGUUUUGUUCCCAAUCCUCCAGGCUAACCCUGCGUCGUAGAGAGAGGAAAGAGCCUUACGAAACACUGAAAUGAAACUAUAUAUUAUACCUACAAAGAAAAGAGGUGGCCUUGUUAUCUUGCAUGAGACGUCAAUACUUUGUAUGUUUUUUGUGAAUGGGAUUCAUGCUUUUCCGAUAUCACUUUUUAAUUUUUUUUGUAAAAGUUUUACUACCAUAGUACAAAAUGGUAGUCUAAUCAUGAUUAGAUAUUCCGACGUAUCACCAGGUUAUUUGGACAUGCUGCUCUGGUCGAAAAUUCUCCUGCUCCCUUUUGUUCACUGUGUUAAAGUCAUAUUGACUGUGAGUCAUUCCAACCAUUCAAAAUGAAUUUAAAUAAUAGAUUAUGACAUUAUGAGAGGGGCUAUUGAGUAUUUAUUGACAAAUUAAUAUUAUUGACCAUUACACUGACAUUAUUAUUAUUAUUAUUAUUAUUAUUAUUAUUAUUAUUAUUAUUAUUAUUAUCUAUACAAGUUUCAGGUGAGGGUGUAAAAGAUAUUAUGUUCAGCUGUAUCUUUAUUAAUAAAAAUGUGUCUAUCCUG